UAAUAUUUUUUAUUGAGUUUAUAUUUUUAUGCAAUUUAUUUAAAUUAUAAAGUAAUUAUGGGAUCAAAAUUAUUUUAUAUAGUCAUGUAUAUCUAAAGAGAAUGAAACUAUGUUUCAUUUAUACCAAAACCAGGAACAAAAUAUGCAUUAUUUAAAUUUAUAUUCUAAUAUAUCGUCAUCUCCUUUGAUGCCUAUACAUUCACCAAAUGCUUCAUCCAUGCUCACACCCUUAUCUAACAUCCCUGAGAAUUUAAAUAUAUCUGACAUUGCAACUAAUAUUCAUAAUUUAAAUCACAAUCAUAUUUUACAAAAUGGAAUAAAUAAUACACUAAAUUCUAUCAAAAAUACAUCACUAGUAAACAUAUCUAAUCUUAAUAGUCCAUUAUCACAUAACAAUGGUAAUAUAAUUAAUAACACAGUCGGGAAUAACAAAGGAAAUAAAAAUUCUACCUCAAAGAGAACAAGGCAAACUUCUCAUAAAUUCAAAAAUGAAUUGUGCAGAGUUUGUGGUGACAAAGCAUCAGGGUACCAUUAUAAGGCAAUUACUUGUGAAGGGUGCAAAGUGUUUUUCUUGCGCUGCGUGGCCACCAACGCCCAAUUCAAUCAAUGCCACUCCGGGGGCCAUUGCGAAAUGGACCUAUACACCAGGCGAAAAUGCCAGUACUGCAGAUUCCAGAAAUGCCUGGCCGUAGGGAUGAAACCAGAAUGCGUAAUACUAGAUCGCCAGCGAUCACGACAAAACGAUAAAAAUGCUAAUGCCAACACUUCUAACCUUAUUAAUAAUACCUCUAACCCCAAGACGGCGGAUACUAAUCAAUCAUCGUCUAAUGCGAACUCUCCGCCUACCCCUCUGUCUAAUAAUAAUCCCGCCUCCCUACCAAACACAUUUGGUUCUGCAGGUAAUCAACAGCACAUUUCCUCCCAAACCACGAACGGCGCAUCAUCGAACUUAAAAUCUCCCAAAAAUGCUGCAAACCUUAACAAUUCCAACCCUUUGAACGGGAAAAUUUCGGCCUCCACCAUAAUUCUGGCCAAUAAAAAACUUUUGAAAGAACGCGAAGAUUUGGCCAAUACGAACGAUGUUAACAACCAAUCCGAUAUCGUCUCGCCUCCUUCCCUUCUUUCCCAUGCCCUUCCUCACAACUACCUCUCGCAAAACGGGACAGAAAUACCACACUCUUCCUCCAAGAGCACGACUGUGGUCGAUGAUAAAAAUACCCAUUCAAACCCUGAUCCGAAUCCCGUUUCUGGUGUGAGCAAGAAAAGAAACAAUGUCAAUAACAUAAACAAUGGGGGCAGCCAUAAUAAACUCCAGUCUAACGGUUACCAACAAAAUUCCUCUACUAACGGAACAGAAAAUUUGAACAUGGCCAACCCUAAUCAAAGAUUCCACCUUCAAAAUAGCGAGGACGUUUACAAAUUCGGGUCUAGCUCGGAAUUCAACAACCAUCACGAAAUUAAUAAUCGCCAUCUCAACGCUAACACCGGUUUCAACAAUAGAACCGGAAUCACCAUGAAUAAAGUAAUUAGUAACGGACUCGAUAACGUUAUCAAAACAGAAAAUACGCACUAUUCAAAUAACGAUUUCUCAUCCAAGCCACCGGUCAAUGGGAAACUCGCCUCGUCAUGUCCACCUGGCAUGGAUCCCGAAAAGAGUGUCCCAAAUUUUGCAAAUCUUCCCGCUUCGGUCCCGGCGGCUUUCAAUAACCAACAACAAAAUAACAAGUCACUAAUAGCCCCUCACGGCCACCAAUUCCCUAAUUUCCCCGGUGGCCAUUGCAAUUUUAAUUUCCAACACAAUGGCGCGAAUUGCAAGGAGGAUAGUAAUAAUAACGCGGAUGAUCUGAGGCCGGAGCAGCGGAAACUGAUAGAAAAACUUGUAUUUUAUCAAGACCAAUUCGAAUUGCCUAGCGAGGAUGUCGUCAAAAAUAUAGAGGAAUAUUUUGAGCGGGACAAGAAAAACAACCAUAACCAAAAAACUUUCAUGAAGAUGGCGCAAUUCGGGAUGCUUAACAUUCAACUCAUCAUAGAAUUCAGCAAACGGUUGCCCGGCUUUCAGACCCUAAACCGCCCGGACCAAAUUACUAUACUCAAGGCAUGCAUGUACGAGGUGAUGCUCAUCAAAACGGCUCGGCGUUAUGACCUCAACACUGAUACCAUAGUUUGCUGCGAUAACCGACCCUACACCCGGGACAAUUUCAAAAACUCUGGCAUAGUGGACGUUUGCGAUUCCAUGUUCGAUUUUUGUCGAGGCAUGGCCACCCUGAAAGUCGAUAAUGCCGAGUACGCAUUACUCACGGCGGUGUGCUUGUUUCAAGAACGCCCCUCCCUGAUAGAACCCCGCAAAGUGGAGUGGAUUCAGGAGUACUAUCUCGAUACGCUUCGUUCUUACGUUCAACAUAGGAGACCCGCCGGCUCCAACACGUUGGCCAGACUCCUGGUAAAACUCAGGGACCUGAGAGAGAUAAACAACAGUCACAGUAGUAUGCUGUACAGUCUGAAGGUCCAGAAUUUCCACAUACCUCCACUCAUGGCCGAGGUUUGGGACUUAACGGAUGACAUUCUUCCUUCCCCCAUUCACCAUAAUGGCCUGCCCGUUUCUACCCACGACCAGAGCUACCAAUAUCAGUUUGAUUGCAAGCAAAAUUAUUCGCCCCCCUUUCCCAAUCCUAGCCCUCUCGACUUUCGGAAACUUGAAGGCGGGGGAGAUGUCAAUUUCGAAGGCAGCGACUUUAUCGGCAAUUUUAAUGGCGGCGAUUUAGGUAAUUUUGAGUCAUCUAAUUACGCGAGGAACAAUGGUACUAACCAUGCGAACCAUUUGAACGGGUACAAAAACGACAUUAACGGAGUAGUCGAAAAUGUCAACAAUUUAAGACCGUCUAGUAAUGAUUCCAUCAAUUCCAAUAGAUCUAACAACUCAAUCGCCACCCAACACAAUUUGGGGAGUAUGGAGGAUAAGUUACUCCAAAAUGCUAAUCAUCAUCACCCCUUCGAUUUCGGUGUUCUUCGUUCGUAAAAAAAUAAAAAUUAUACAAUAAUCAAUUAUGAAUUUUUUUUUAUUCAUCCCCCAUUCAUAUAUAUAUAAUAUAUUUUAUAUAUAAGCAAAAAAAAAGCCAUUAGAAAUUUUUUUUUUUGAUUUCGCGAAUUUGUGGAAUUAUUUAUAAAUUUUUUUUUAAAAAGAAAUAUAUAUAUUAUUAUUAUUAUCACUUACCAACCAGCUAAUUUUUAAGUUGUGAUUUUUUUUUUAAGGUUUGGAUAUUUUUUUAUAUAUAUAUAUAUAUUGAUUAUAUCUUUUUUAUACAGAAUUCUUAUUCAACACCGUGUCGCGGUAAUUUACGCAAUUUGCCAUUUACAAAAAAAAACAUAUGUAUUAUAGAAAAACGAAUUAUCUCCUUUUUCCUUACUCUUUUUUUUGGAAAUAUUAUUAACUUGGAUUUUUUUUUCUUUAAAAAAUUUUUUUUUUAAGUAUUUAGUAAAGACCCUAAACGGGUUCUCCAUAAUGAAAAAGAACAAAAAAAAAUCACUGUGAUUUUUAAACCGAAAAUAAGUUCCCCCGCCUCCUCUCCGCUUUCGCCACACGCAAGAUGUGAACAAACCUCUUCGGUAUUCAGAUUUAGCGGUGGCGCCCGUACCUUAGAAAAAAUUAUUAUAUUUUUUUAUAGUCCCAAAUUUUACUUCUUUAUUUUUAAAUCACCAACUCUAUCAAAAUUUUUUUAGAUCCAAAAGUUUUUUUAAUUCAUUAUAUUGGGAGGCGUACAACAAAUAAAUUUUUAUACCCCCCUUUCCUCCCAUUAUCUAUCUCCCUCCCCCCUUUCAAUUUUAUAUAUAAUAUAUUAUUACGUAUAUAUAGCAUUUAUAGGCCUAAUUUAUAAGUCCUCUUUUUUAAAAUUUAGUUAGUGCCCGAUCUACCCCUCAAAGGACGAUACUUAUUGGGGUAUUAUGGACACUUAAAUUAGGUUUUAGGAAUUGCUAUUGUAUAUAAUAAUAUUGGUUUCUUAAAUAAAAAAAUUUUUUUUUAAUAAUUUUUUUAUUUUUUAUAUACUAUAAAAUCAACGAAAAAAAAUAUAUUAUAAGAUUAUGGAAAUUUAUAUUUAAAAAUAAUUAAUUUUUUUUUAAAAAAAAAUAAAUAUUAUAUUUAUUAUUAACGAGAAAUCAACCAUUUUUUUUAACUAAAAAAUAUUUAUAAAAUUUUUUUAUUUUUGUCAAAAUGAAAAGAAUUAUGGAUUUAUUUAUUGUUUUUAUAUAAUAAAAAAAACUUUUUCUAAUAAUUUUUUUUUGUUAUGUUGAGAUUUUAGAGAUAGUAUUGUUAACAUAGAUCCCAAAAAUCCGUGUUACCACACCUUAGCAUCUACGAAUACCAAAACCUUUACAAAUAUGGCAUGGGCCGAUACAAAUAAAUAACUGUAUAUAUAUUGAAAAAACCAAA